UUUGCUAUCUUCUUUCCUCCUAUUAUUUUUAUGCGAGACCUGAAGAAUAAACACUGUCCUUGGCCAAAAGAAAAAGGUCUUUGAAGAGAGAAAAAAACUCUAAGAUGGGUCUACUGAGUUCUAAAAACCCACAAACCAAGCAAGCCCAGAUUCUUCUUCUGGGACUUGACUCAGCUGGGAAGUCUACCCUCCUUUACAAAUUGAAGCUUGCUAAGGAUAUCACGACCAUCCCAACAAUAGGUUUCAACGUGGAGAUGAUCGAGUUGGAAAAGAGUCUUUCACUCACGGUCUGGGAUAUUGGAGGACAGGAGAAAAUGAGAACCGUGUGGGAGCACUACUGUGAGAACACCGAUGGGCUUAUGUAUGUUGUGGAUAGUACAGACAAACAGCGGCUGGAAGACUCCAGGAGAGAGCUGAAGCACAUUUUGAAGAAUGAGCACAUUAAAAAUGUGCCUAUUGUCCUAUUAGCCAACAAACAAGAUGUGCCUGGAGCUCUGUCUGCUGAGGACAUCACUAGAAUGUUCAGAGUGAAGAAGCUGUGCAGUGACAGGAGCUGGUAUGUGCAGCCCUGCUGUGCCAUCAGUGGGGACGGGCUGAUGGAGGGGUUCAGGAAACUGACCGGAUUUGUGAAAAGCCACAUGAAAUCAAGAGGAGACACCUUGGCAUUCUUCAAGCAGAACUGAGGUCCAAACAACGAAAGAGUUAGUGGUGAAGUUGAGAGGGUAAUUUUCUUUUUCAAUGCCAAGUGAAAAAAGCAAGUUGCUGAGUUAGCAAACUUUUCCUAAGAUAUGUUAUUUCACCUAAAAUUCAGCUAACCAACUUAGCAAAUAUUAUUUUUGGCCAGGCACGUUAGUAAACUUUGUGGUUAAUGAUAAAUUGAGAAUGAAAAUUUGAUAAUUUUGUGCAUGUUGGAUGAAUCAUAAUAAUCAUGUUUGGGACCAAAUAAAUUAUUGUUUUAUUAUUUUUAUAUGACUACUAGAACAAAGUUUAAGUAAAAUUCUGAUAGGUUCAGAAUUCUUUCAGAUGGUUUCCAGUUGUUACAGUCUUGAAUUUCCACCAUGCUCCUAUGGAAUAGCGAGUAAAAAAAUGAACUUUAAAUUAUGGAGAGGAAAAAGUUUGAUGUUAACACUUUGUAAAUCUCUAUGCCCUAAAUAAAGUUUUGUUUUGUUUUG